GCCUCCACCUCAGUUUCUGCAGACAUGUCCAGCCUCCAGGAACUGUGCUCUGGUCUGCCCCUCCGACCCCUCCCUGAGAACCGGGGGCGCUGGGCUGGGGUACCCCAUGCUCCAGUUAGGACUCCCGACCUCAGCCCUGAAGAAGAGCAGCUGGCACUCAGGAAUGCCUUGCGCUAUUUCCCACCUGAUGUCCAGAAGCUUUUGGCCCUGGAGUUUGCCCAGGAGCUACGACAGUUUGGACAUAUCUACAUGUACCGGUUCUGCCCCAGCAUCGAGAUGAGGGCCUAUCCAAUUGAGCAGUACCCUUGCCGGACACGGGCAGCUGCAGCCAUCAUGCACAUGAUCAUGAACAACCUGGACCCUGCUGUGGCCCAGUUCCCACAGGAGCUGGUGACCUAUGGAGGCAACGGACAAGUGUUCAGCAACUGGGCCCAGUUCUGGCUGAUCAUGUCCUACUUGUCGAAGAUGACCGAGGAACAGACCCUGGUCAUGUACAGUGGACACCCUCUGGGCCUCUUUCCCAGCAGCCCCUGUGCCCCACGGCUGGUCAUCACUAAUGGGAUGGUCAUUCCCAACUACUCCUCCAGGAAAGAGUAUGAGAAGCUGUUUGCCUUGGGGGUGACCAUGUAUGGCCAGAUGACAGCGGGCAGCUACUGCUACAUUGGUCCCCAGGGAAUCGUCCAUGGCACAGUGCUCACUGUUCUGAAUGCUGGUCGGCGGUACCUGGGCAUCGAGGACUUGGCAGGGAAGGUCUUCGUCACCUCUGGACUUGGAGGGAUGAGUGGGGCUCAAGCCAAGGCUGCAGCCAUCAUUGGAUGCAUUGGGGUAAUUGCAGAGGUUGAUAAAACUGCACUUGUAAAACGCCACCAGCAAGGCUGGCUGAUGGAGGUAACUGACAGCUUGGACCACUGCAUUGCGAGACUCAGGGAAGCAAGGAAAAAGAAGGAGGUACUCAGCCUUGGCUACCAUGGCAACGUGGUGGAUCUUUGGGAGCGCCUUGUCCAUGAACUGGACACAACAGGAGAACUCUUGGUAGAUCUCGGGUCGGACCAGACAUCCUGUCACAACCCAUUCAAUGGCGGCUACUACCCUGUGCAGCUCAGCUUCUCAGAGGCUCAGAGCCUCAUGUCCUCCAACCCCGCUGCAUUCAAGCACCUGGUGCAGGAAAGCCUGAGGAGGCAUGUCUCAGCCAUCAACAGGUUGGCCCAGGAGAAGUUUUUCUUUUGGGACUAUGGUAAUGCCUUCCUCUUGGAGGCUCAGAGAGCAGGAGCAGAUGUAGAGAAGAAAGGAGCCAACAAGACGGAAUUUCGCUACCCCUCCUAUGUCCAGCACAUUAUGGGGGAUAUAUUCUCCCAGGGCUUUGGGCCCUUCCGCUGGGUGUGCACAUCAGGGGAUCCCCAGGACCUGGCUGUCACUGAUCAUCUGGCCACAUCUGUGCUGGAGAAAGCCAUUGCUGAUGGAGUGAAGGCAUCCGUGAAGUUACAGUAUAUGGAUAAUAUACGCUGGAUCCGGGAAGCCGCCAAGCACCAGCUGGUGGUGGGAUCCCAGGCAAGAAUCCUGUACUCAGACCAAAAAGGCCGUGUGGCCAUUGCUGUGGCCAUUAACCAGGCCAUCGCCAGUGGGAAGAUCAAGGCACCGGUGGUCCUGAGCCGUGACCACCAUGAUGUGAGUGGCACUGACAGCCCCUUUAGGGAGACUUCGAAUAUUUAUGAUGGUUCUGCCUUCUGCGCAGACAUGGCCGUGCAGAACUUCGUGGGAGAUGCCUGCCGUGGUGCCACGUGGGUUGCACUUCACAACGGAGGGGGUGUAGGCUGGGGUGAGGUGAUCAAUGGGGGAUUUGGCCUUGUUCUAGAUGGAACCCCAGAGGCUGAGCAGAAAGCCAGGAUGAUGCUCAGCUGGGAUGUCUCCAAUGGUGUGGCACGGCGCUGCUGGUCUGGAAACCCCAAGGCCUAUGAGAUCAUCUGCCAGACAAUGCAGGAGAACAGUGGCCUGGUGGUGACACUUCCCCAUGAGGUGGCAGAUGAACAAGUGCUACAGAAGGCCCUGCGACCCUGAGAAGAGUGAGGGUCCUCUUGAUCCCCUCCUUCCCACUGCCAUCCCACACAGCUCAUUGCCCUCCCCACACUGCACCCCUACGUGGCACUCUUAGUGUCCUACAUAGUGAACCACAGAGGCCUAUCAAGGUGGAGGCACUUGUCUUUGACCACUGGCUUGAGGACAGGGUACAUCUUGUUCACAGACAGGCCCAUAAGCCUGCAGAAGAGUGGACUCCAGCUCAGAUGGGAAGGAACCUUGAAUGCUGGCCAAGCUGACACUAGCCUCACAGGAUUCUCUGUGACCUUCUAAAUGUGCUAUUCAGUCUCCUGUCCACUACUGUGCCCGCACUGCUACCUACCCAUCCCUUGUCUAUGCCAUCACUUCCGGUUCCCGGCAUGGGUACACCAGGUACUUGGUGCUGAGGAGUAUGGGGAAGAUAGACAGGAAAUAAAGACUAAAGUAGAGGUAAGCACAUGGCACAGACUGGGCUAGCAGGAGUGGGUAACAGAGUCUCUAAGUCAAAGUGGCCAGGUGCUACUGCAACAUGUGGAGAAAAGACACAUUUCAGGCCAGCUGUGUGAACAUGAAAAACAGAACCAACCACUUCCAGAGGUCCCUGGGUUGAUCUGGAAUCCUGCAGAAGUUGCAUUAGCCAUAAGCUGAGUUCUUAUACCUUUCCCAUGCCCUGCAAUCCAACCAGACCUACACCAGCCUUGCCUCUGAAACAGGAGCCCUGGCAAGAGAAUUGGGUGGCUGUGUUUCCUCAGACCUUCCCCUGGAAGUUGCCACUACUUUAUAGUGCCUCCUAACCACCAAUACCCAGCUUAGGCCGCCUCCCACUACUAUGCCCUGUGCCCUCUUUUCUAUCUUCACCAGGCCAGCUCUCCUGCUGUGCUGCCCCCUAAGCUGAGGCAGGGCUAUGAGGCAGUUAACUUACAAAGAGGAAAAGGUUGUUUUUGUUUUUGUUUUUGUUGUUUUUGGUUUUUUUUUGGGGGGGGGGGGCUGGCAGUUCUGGAAAUCCUUAUCCAAGAUCAGGAAGUCAUACUGCUUUGGGUCCUGGCAACAGUGGCAAAUGGCAAUGGCAGGGAGCAUAUGGCAGAACAAACUGCUUGUGCCAGGAAGAAAGAGGAGAUGCUUGGACCCAAGUCCUACAUGCCCUCAAGGGCAUGUUCCAAUAUCCUGAAGACCUUCCCCUUGCUCUAAAGUUUCCAUCACCUCCCAGCAUGCCUUUGGAAUAAGCCUUUAGCCCAAUCAGGAGUCAUAGCAGAGGUCGAAACUGGAUUUCUGGUAUUUUGGUCUAUGUUUCUUGCAUAAAAUAAAUAAUUUCUUAAAUCAAAAA